AUGGGCGCCGCUAAUCCCGCCGCCGAGGCGGAUUCGCAGUCCGCCAAUGGCGCGGGCGCUAUGGAUUUCGACUGCGCGCCGAGCAGCGCAGCUGCGCCGCACUUGCCGCAACCAGCACCCGCGGUCUCGUCGCCCGGCGCAUCGCAUUGCGCUCCGCCAGUCGCCGGGUCCGCGGUAAGCACGCGGCAGGCGCAAUCUUCGCUGUACGCGCGGCGGCAGGCGCGGCUGGCGGGUGGCGGAGAGAGCAGCGCGGAGCUGAGGCGCACGCGGAGCCUGGACGUGGAGCGCGCGCAGGUGGUGACGAUAAGGGGAGCGGAGGGCGGCGGCGGGAAUGGCGCGGGCGUGCAGGGCUUGGGAUGGACCACGACUGGAACCGCCGCGGCGCUGGCAGCGGCGCAUGGCGUAGGGGUUGGGGGAGAGGCGGGCGGUAAUGGCGAGGCGAGCAAGGCGUGCAGGGACAAAGGCGCAAGUGCAAGCUCCAGCCGAGGCAACCCUCUCGCCGACUCGCCUUUCCUCUCGCGCCUAUGCCGCGGUCGCCCCCCCGCGCCCUCCCCACUCUCCUCCCUCGCCCCCCGCCGCACCUCCUCCUUGACCGCCUCGCUCCUCUCCCCGCUCGCCUUACCCUCCGCGCCGACCCCUCCGCCACUCCCCCAUCCUCCCAACCUCCCCCCUCAUCCCCCCCAACAAUUGUGCUCGUCUUGGGAAGCGGGUGGGGAAAGGGCGGGGGCGCGGGAGCGGGGGGCGCACGAGAGCGCAGUGGCGGAGGCAGCGGCGGCAGUGGCGGCAGCAGCGAGCUCCAUUGCCGCCGCGCUCGAGCAGGGGGGCGCGGGGAUGGGCGCGGGUAGGCGGGCGGUGGGGCAGGGCAGAGCAGGGGGGAAAGCCGUUAGCGGGGGGGUUGAGGGUGGGGCACUGGCGGGGGAGAUGGAGGGCAUUUGGCGGGCGGUGCAGCAGCAGCUGCAGGCGCAGUCGCAGGGGGGAUCGGAGGGGGGAGCAGCGGGCGCGCAGCAGGGGGUGAUGGCGGUUGAAGAAUCAGGGAUGGGGGUAGACGGUAACAUGAGAGGCGCUGUGAGGGGAGGGGGAAGCAGAGGUGGGGGGGGACGCAGACUGCUGAAGGCUUCGAGUGUGGGCAGGGAGAGGGGGAGAGCGGAGGGAGUGGAGGGCGCGGCGUGGAACGUGGUGUGGCAAGCAUUGGACGGUAGCGGGGAGGGGGGAGGGGAGGCAGCAGCAGAGGGGGUAGGGGAGGCGACGGCAGGGCAGAGCAGUGGGGGAGAGCGGUUGAGUGUGGAGGAGGAGGGGAAAGAUUGGGAGGAGAGGGAGAGGGAGCAGGCGCGGAGGAAACUGCUGGGAAGGGGAGUGAGGCAGCUGACUCGCACCAAUAGCUGCCCGCCCUCGGUGCACCGCGCUCAGGCUGUGGAUGUGGGUGCUGACGAGGCCAUGGCAUGUCGCAAGCGACGUCGACUGCCGGCUGACACGCACGGCACCGUGCCAUGGCCGCAUGCCCAGCCAUCGACCUCCACCUUUUCUGCUGCUGCCGCCCCCUUCUCCGCCUCACAUGCUGCUCCCGCUACCGCCGCCACCGCCGCCGCUGCUGCCGGCAGUGCUGGUGGUGGGGGCGGGCAGGGGCAGUGGUGCAAGCAGGAGAGCGAGGGGGAGGACGGGGAGUGUGGGAGCGCCAUUGGGGCAGAGCAGAGCAUGGGGAUGGGGAUGGAAAGGCAGGGUAGCUGGGGGGGAGAGGAGGCGUGGAGUGGUGAGGAGGGAAGGAGCAGUGGGAGAGAAGGGGUGAGGGGGGGGGGCAGGGAGGGGAAGGGUGGGGGAGCGGGAGUGGGGCAUGGUCGAGCGAGGAGAGGGCAGGCCACGGACAGCCAUAGCAUUGCCGAGCGGGUGCGGAGGGAGAAGAUAUCGGAGCGCAUGAGUGUGCUGCAGAGCCUUGUGCCCACGUGCGCUAAGGUGACGGGCAAGGCCAUGAUACUGGACGAGAUCAUCAACUAUGUGCGCUCACUGCAGCUGCAGGUCGAGCUGCUAUCGAGCAAGCUGUCAGCCAUGGAGUACGACCUCAUGCCUGAGGAUGACCUGCUGCCCGACGCUGACCUCUUCCAGGUGCUGCCAGCCCCCCUCACACCAUGCCGUGUCAUCGCACCAGUCCUCGUGACAAUGUCAUGCACAAUUUUCAUUCCAAUCAGGUCACUAGAUACCUUGUUGCCAUACAUCGACUCCCGCCCCAUAAAACAAUCCUCCCCUUCCUCCCCUUUUCCCCGCCCCUCUUCCUCGUUCCUCAACACGCAUACUCCUCGCGUUCACUCUUUCCCACUCCCGCUUUCUCUUCCUACCCCCCUUCUUCCAUGUCCCUCCUGCCCCUCCUCUCCACUUCCUUCCCCCCUGCAGCUCACCCCAGAGCACCUGGUUGGCUUCCCCGCACCUUCCUACGCGCCCGCUGCAGGGCGCCCUGCACCCAGUGGGGGCGAGGGGAACCACGAGGGCGCAGGCAGUGGGGGAGAGGCGGAGGGGGGGCAGGGGAUGGGUGGUGGGGGCGUGUCGGGGGGCACGAGUGGAGGCGAGUGGGCAGUGGGGCAGGGAGGGGCGGUGGUGAAGCAGGAGCAGUGGGAGGAGGUGGGCAUGUUCCUCAGGGAUGAUGGGGGCCCGGGAGAAGAGCACGGCAAUGGCUCUGCUGCUUGCAAGUGGGAGGCGGAGGAGUCUGACGUGGCAGACAGUGGCGGGGUGGUGGGAGGAGAGGGUGUGAGCAGGAAGGGCGCGGAUGCGCAGGCAGAGGGUACGAGGGGCAAGGGCGGAGUGGUGUGGAGUGGCAACGGCAGCGGCGCUUGCGGGGGUGCAAAUGGCACGUAUGAGGGCGCGGAUGUGUGUGAUGGUGGGAGGGCGUGUGAGUGGCCGGCCCUCUUUCCCACAGAUGCGGGUGUGGAGGCGGGUGUGGUGGGCGAUGGGGGGGUGGAUGCAUGGUGGAAGCACGGGCUGGAGGACACAGGGGGGGCGGGCGGGGGCGGAGUGGGGGCGGGGGAGGUGGAUGCGGAGCAGGCAGCGGAGAGCGAGGGGCUGAUGGACAUGCUGCUGUGCCACAUGAGUGGCGGCAUGCAGCACCUCUCACUGCACCCCCAUCCCCACACUGCCCCGCACACACACCCCCCAGCUCUCACUCCACCCGGCCCCCUUCACCCCAAUGGGCUGUAG